AUGUUACCAGUGAGAACUACAGCAAAAACAACAGGAGUUAGAGCAGAAGAUGUGAAGGGACUCUUACCCCUGAUGAUCCUAAUGGUGGUCAUUUUUCUGCUGCUUCUGUUCUGGGAGAAUGAGCUGAAUGAGAAAGGAGAGGGGCCAACCAUGGAGCAGCUGCAUGUAGACUACCCUCAGAGUGACAUUCCCGUACGGUACUGCAACCACAUGGUCUUGCAAAGAGUCAUCAGGGGACCUGACAACACCUGCAAGACGGAGCACGUUUUCAUCCACGAGAGGCCUAGAAAUAUCAAUAAGGUCUGCGCCUCUUCCAAGAAGAGGAUUUGUCAGAACCAUUCUUCCAUUUUAUGUUACCAGAGCAUGACCAAGUUCAAAAUGACUGUGUGUGGGCUCAUUGGAGGCACUAGAUAUCCUGCCUGCAGGUACAGCGUAUCCUCCAUAAAGGGGUUCAUCAUGGUCACUUGUGAUGACAUGGGGCCAGUUAGUCUCCAGAGGUAUGUUGAGUAA